AUGGCCAAUGUCCUAGUCUUAGUGUUAGCCUUACUCCAAGUGAGUUAUUUGGCCGUUCUUGCUAUAGAGGUCAGUACUCACCACCACAGUCAUCCUCAUCACCCACCUACCCCAACCCCUGCUCCCGCUCAUCCACCAUCUUCCUAUGAUAUUCAUUCUCUUAGUCUAGAUAAUCAUCAUAAUAAACAUCCUUCCCAUCACCCACCUACCCCAAGAAAGGCCCCUAUUCAGCCACCGUCUCCAUCCCCCAUUCCAUCUAAGAGCCUAGAUCAUCCACACAUUGAACGCAGACCUCAUCCUAGUCACCCACCUACCCCAACCCCUACUCCUGCUCAUCCAUCAUCUUCCUAUGGUAUUCAUUCUCUUAGUCUAGAUCAUCAUCACAAUAAACAUCCUCCCCAUCACCCAUCCACCCCAAAAAAGGGCCCUAUUCGGCCACCGUCUCAAUCCUCCAUUCCAUAUAAUAACCUAGAUCAUCCACACAUUGAACGCAGACCACGUCCUCGUCACCCACCUACCCGAACCCCUGCUCCUGCUUAUCCACCAUCUUCCUAUGAUAUUCAUUCUCUUAGUCUAGAUCAUCAUCACAAUAAACAUCCUCCCCAUCAUCCACCUACCCCAAGUAAGGCCCCUAUUCAGCCACCGUCGUCAUCCCCUACUCCAUCUAGUAGCCUAGAUCAACCACACAUUGAACGCAUACGUCGUCCUCGUCCUCGUCACCCAGCAACCCAUGCUCCUGUUCAACCACCAUCUUCUGUGGAUAGUCAUUCUCUUCGUCUAGAUCAUCAUCACAAUAAACAUCCUCCCCAUCACCCAUCUACCCCAAGAAAUGCCCCUGUUCAGCCACCGUCUUCAUCCCUCAUUCUAUCCAACGGUCUAGAUCAUCCACACAUUGAACACCACACACCUCAUCCUCAUCACCCACCAACCCCAGCUCCUGUUAAACCAGCAUCUUAUUAA